AUGCUGUUCCCGUUUUUCUGCACAUCUUGAGGUAAAUUAACUCUUUCCGUGAUCGUGUAGUAAUCGGUAUUGGGACUUGAACAUUGUAAAGGCUUUUAUACCUAGUAAUUGUAAUUAAGACGUGUGCUUGUCAUUAGAACCCGUGAAAAACAGAAAAAAAAGCGAGCCUGACAUAUGUGCAGAAGACAAAACGGCGAACACUUGAUCGAUCGUUGAACCUAUCAUCACUUCACUAAAACUUUGACGGAUGUGAAAAUAGAAAACGGAUAUUAGACUUCGCUGUACGCUAAAGAUGUAGGAGCUCAUAGUGCAAAAGAUGUAGUGGUAACAAGUGGAUUAUUAUCUGAUCUUUAUCGGAUUUUGAGAUCUAUCAACAAUAAUAUUAUAUAAUGCCUCCUAUCGAAAGCCAGACCCAUAUGGCUCUGACGCCAGCUACGCCGAGUGGUGGCGGAGCCCCCAUCACCGGUGGAGGAAACACCGUAUCAUUGGCGACCCUCCUUGAAUUCUUAGUACAGAAAACAUAUCACGAGAUUACUGUGAUGGCAGAACUCUUACCGAGGAAGAGUGAUAUGGAAAGGAAAAUUGCCAUUGUACAGUUUGCUAGUCGGACAAGACAACAAUUUGUAAGAUUGCUUGCAUUAGUCAAAUGGGCUAACAGUGCAGCUAAAGUUGAUAGAUGUGGGACUAUUGCGCAUUUACUUGAUCAACAAUCCUCACUGUUUGUGGACACAGCUGAUCAGUUGGCCAGAAUGGCCAGAGAAGUGCUUGUCAAUGCUAGACUUCCAAAUUUCUGUAUUCCAUAUGCAGUAGACGUGUUAACCACUGGCUCAUUCCCGAGAUUACCCACUUGUAUUAAAGAGAAAAUCAUUCCACCCGACCCUAUAACAACCAAUGAGAGGUCUUCCACAUUAUGCAGAUUGAAUCAAAUAAUACAGCAUCGAUUAGUGACGUUGGAUCUACCGGCACAACUGGCUAAUCUCACUAUAAAGGACGGUAGAGUUGUUUUCCAUGUGGCACAUGAAUUUGAGGCUACUCUUACACUAAUGGGUGAUGAUCCUAGCAUUCCAUAGCUGUUGAGUAUUGAAAUCUUGGUACAAGAUCCUGAGACUGGUGAUGGUAAGGCACUUGUACACAGCAUGCAGGUGAAUUAUAUCCACCAGUUAAUACAGUCCAGACUUUUUGAUGAUGACAAGUCACUGUUUGAUUUAUAUAACUGCCUUCAUAGCUUUUGUCAAUCAUUACAAUUGGAAGUACUACAUUCCCAGGCUCAGAGACUGAUUAGAGAGAGAUGGGGGGAACAUGUACAAAUAGAGAAAUACAAAGCUGGGCAGUGCCUUGCACUAGAUUAUUGGAGAUCUCAGAAUUUUCAUGCUGACAAGUACAAAAGAGAAACAUACACAUUAACAGUCUGCAUUGAUCCAAACGACACUUCCAAGCCGUUGCAAGUCAAACACCAUCCUGUGUUGAGUACAGAAGAUGCCAAUGAAGCUGAUCAAGCCAUCAAGUGUGAUCAACUAUCUAUUGAGAGGCUUUUAGUACAAACUGUGCAAGUCAGAUCAAGAGCUAAGUUGCAGGAACUCAAGACUAUUUUUGAGACUGACAUGCCUGAGCUAAAAGUUGUGUUAGGUGGUUCAACUCCAAUAUUGACUGUAUCCAUUCUACAACCAUGUGGUAAAUCUGAAUUACUGUGUAUAUCAGUGGAUCUACAGACUGGCACCUUGCAACCAUGCCUGCCAUACUGUGAUACUGGUUUAUUGGAUAAUUUAGAGCAGUGUUUGAACACUGAUCUUCUUCACUUGGAUCAACACAUUAUCAAAAUCAGAUUCAAGCUUGGAUUAGAAAGGUGUUAUCGCACUGUGCAUUCCCUUCCCAGUGAGUGUUCUAAAAGGCUACCUCUACUGCCAGUCAGUGCGGACCAUCCAAUAAUGAAGUUAUCACAACACAAAUUGUACAUUCAUUUUUCCAGACAUCCCAACUACUAUCUGAUUAUAGAGUUGUAUCAAAACAUUGGUCAUGCCGAGAUAAACCACAGAUAUCAUUUAUUACAAGUGAAACCGAGCAGCUAUCAAGAUGGCGGCAACACUACCACUAUGGACACUGACAAUAUAGCAGAGCAUUAUCUACAACCGAUCAGUCUAGUACCGAUCAACCCACAUAGUGCAACACGUGGACCAGAAACAUACCUACACGAUGACAUUUUAACUCUUAGUCAAAAAAGAAAGUUACAUUUACUUGGUAUCCGGGAACUGUCACCUAAGCGUAGAAAACCAUCAGAGGAUAUCCCAUACUUCCUACCAGAGCUAGCUCAUAUCAUAGCUACAUGUGAUACAAGGAUUCCAUUUAUUGGACUCUGUGAUGAGUUAUCAAUGACUGGUAUAGCCCACCAAGGAGUGCAAGUUGAAGGAGAAGGACUGGGUCUUGUAGUCAGAAUUGUCAGUAUGCCUCUUGUUGACGGUGUGUCCAGUGAGGUCAAUGAUUUACUACUGAGGACGUUUGUAGACUGUUCAAUACGACUUCAGGGCAAAGCUAAUAGGACCUGGCUAGUUGACCUUAUGUUUAGUGACUGUCCAGUAUACAGUACCAAUCAUCGUGAACAAAGUGAUAUCAAACACACUUAUUUACAAUACGAGAUCUCACCGGGUCAUGGUUACACGCCAUUCAUACAUCAGUUUCUGCUAGACUGGCAAGCGAUUGGUCAUCUCUAUACACUGGUGCUAGACUUAUCAGCUGUUAUCCAAGACUACAGUUCUGGAUUCAUCAACAUUGUGGAGGUUAAGUCAUACACUUAUAGGAAGUUGACGCUAGCUUAUGGCAAAGACAAAACUAGCACUAUUACCAUCCAAUGGCAGCCAUCAGAUAGAAGAUUCCAUUUGAAUUUAGGGGUGUGUGGUCUAUCAUCUACAGCCAAUUGCCACACGCUAGUGUUAUCACAAUUGGAACAAGAAUUGAAUCAACAUAAGAAUCUUCCAUACAUGGUUCAGAUACUUCAUGAUACCCAGAGUCCAUUGCAAGCGAUAUGUAAAUUACCAAUCAUUCCUGUACUAGGAUUGCAGACUGGUCCACUAGCAGCGUGGCAGAGUUUUACAAUUAUGCCACAGUCAUCUACACAUAUUAGGAUUGCCUUCAGAAGCACAUACUGCCUUGAUAUUCAGUGUAAAGGAAAGAACAUGGUAGCAAUAAGAGAUGGCGCCUAUAGUUUGUUUGAUGUCAGUAAAGUGGUUGAAGGAUUCACUCCUACACCGGCACUUAAGGCAUUUCUUACUAUGUUCAUAGAUGAUAGUGUGACACAUGCAAGACGACGCUCCGUGAGUGAAGAUGAUAAUCCGCCAUCACCCAUCGGUAUGGAUACCAUGGAGUUUAUAUCCCAUACGUCCACAGCAUCACCAAUGUCCAGAGUUCCAAUGGGUGGCAAUUUUGCCCACCCCAUGACCCCUCCAAGCAACCCUGCCACCCCUGCAUCUCCACAUGGAUCAGUCCUGUCUCAGAGUGGUGGGGCCCAGCAAUAUGGGACUUCACCUGUGUCCAGCGCCUAUCCUCUAGCGUCUCCUCCGUCGCAGUCCAGUGGCUUUGCACCAUCACCGAUAAUAGGAACCCCAUCACCAGGUACGCUGCUGACAACCAGUUCACCAAGUGGUGCCGCCCAUGCACCUUCUCCGGGACCCUUCGCACCGGUGCCAUCACCAUCAUCACUUGGUAUUCACAUGCCUUCUCCCAGUACAUUCAUCAGUCCAUCAGUUGUGGGGCACAACAUUCUGAGCCCUGCCAACCACAGGUGGAACGCAUCAAAGUCAAAAUCUUCCAAAAAUGGUACGAACUCAGAACUACAACUAAUGAACUCUAUGGAACCUGGUGUGAUUCAAUUCCAAGUGGAAUCAUUGCAAUGUAGAGUCAGUUUACAUCCAAACACACUGCUAACGCUGCACCUCAAAUUAACCCCCAAACCAGACACCAAGGAGAGUUGGACUGAUGAGGAGUUACAAGUCUUGGAAAGGUUUUUUGAGAUCAAGGUUGUGUCACCACCAUUUAAAGCAAAUGCUUUGACAGGAUUUGGUAGACUUCUGGGUGCACCGACAGUGAUCUUAAAAGACUGUGGACACAUCAUGAGACUAGAAUUGUUUGCAGACAGAUCCUUGAAAUGGACAGUACAGUGGUGUCUGACAAUCCCUCCCAGUGCUCCAAUUAUAGCACCACCUGGAACCCCUGCUGUGGUCAUUAAAAAUAAGGCACUGUUUUUCCUUCAACUAACUCGUAUUGGUUUGAAUAUACCAAGUGGAUUGGAGCCACAGACGAUUGUUAUCCCAAUUAUCUAUGACAUGCAAACCAACACCACCCAGCAAGCUGAAGUGCAACGUGCAUCACCCCUGUCACCUGUCGCUACGGCCGUUAGUAAUAUGUUACGGCGAUGGAAUGAGAUGAAUCCACAUACAGGUGAUUGCACAAUAUAUGCUGCUGUGCGAGAAGUCAUGGCUAACUUAGUUGUUCCACACUGAAUCAUUUGACUGAUACUGAACCAGGCAUCCAUAUACUCACAUUCCACUGUAAAUCUGAUUUUCUUGACCAUUGUUUUUAACUGAUCGUAAAACAACCUAUUGUUUGUAAAUAUAAUGUUCCACUGCCAAACAAAUAAUUUCAUGGUGGAAGUAUAAUGAAUAUUUACUUUUCAAUUUUAAUCAGAAUAUCUUGCAUGGUUUCUCAUUCACCUUGUUCACAUAGCAGCAUUUUAUUGGAGCCCAACAGUGCAUACUUGACUCUAAUAAACCCUCGGGGUUGAGCCCUGACAUGACCUGAUCAUCUAAAUGGACUGCUUCUGUUGAGCACCGGAGAUAAUCUCCUAUGGUAGAAGUAAAGACUCAGCUUUGAUAAACUGCUGCUUAUUGAAAGACAUGUACACUUAUUUGAUUUAUUUACACUUCUUCA